GUCGUUCAUCCCGUUCUCCUUUCCCUCGUCGGCGACUUAGCGUACGAUGAGCGCCAGGGCCCCUUUUGUUCCUCAACGCCCGGCCUCUCGCACUGCAGAGCCCAAAGCCGCUGCUGUACCGGUAAAGUCUCCUCCGGCCGGUGGACAUGAGCAUUUCCGUCCCAAUGGUCUCCUGGACCCUCCCACUGGCCCCCCUGGCGACGCUAGAAACCACUCUGAAAACCCUUUAGCGUCCUCUGGCAACUCGGAUCUCUCCUCUGCUCAGGUUUUCGCUGCUAACUUCAGGCCUCUCAACGUCUCUGGCCUCGGCAAGAAAAAGAGCGACACUACUAGCUCUGGGAAAUCUCGCCAGUCUGUCGACAACUCUGCACCGGGCUUAAAAGCUUUUGCUCCCGCUCAACAGGCUCGUCUUGGCAAUCCUCGGCCCCCUUCACCCUUUUUCCAGUCUUCAGGUCCUCCCGCAAUGAACACCUUCAAAGCUCCAGCUGCUCCCGCCCAGACGUCUGGUCAGAACGACGAGUUCAGCGCCAACAAGGCGCAUACAGCCACUUCCGCCAAACCUCCGGCCUUCGACACCCAUCUCGAGAUGCAGGGCAAGCCGAUGUCUGGCCCCCCUCCCGAUCAAUUUCGCUUCUCGCACGGUCUUGACGCUUCCUACCACAGUCUCCGCUCUCGCACCGCUUCUCAGCCGUCUCUCGCCAGCAUACAUGAAGUCGCCGAGGAAGAAGAGCACACCAGCUCUCGCAAGGUACCUUCUGUCAACGGCUAUUCCGAAUACGCGGGCUAUGCAGACGACUCCGGUUUCUCUGACGGCGACGACGGCCACUACCAGCAAGGGCUCAGGCGGUCUGCCAAACGCCCCGAUCGCACCGACGAGGACGAAGAUGAAUACGAGUAUGGGACGGGCGCAAAGCGGUACAAGACCGCUCCCCAGAACGACCCCUCCGGUACGUACAACGGCCGGGGCACCCCCGCUCGCUACCCGGGUGGCGACUUCGACCGCGCAGUCACGCCCGCGCACGGCGUGCCCCUUCUCGCACCGCCAGCGCACUUCCAACCCGAGCCCCCGAAGAGCAUGAUCGACCAGUCCGAUGGUCGGCAGGCGCUGUACCGCCUCCUCGGCCAAGAUCUCGAGACCUUCGUCGAGGGGCACGCGGACGCGUACGAGCAAGCGCGGAGGAAGUGGGCGGACUGCUCGGUUGAGGAGUGGUCGAAAGGUGCCGACGAGCUCGGUGGAAGGUUUGGCAAGAUGUUGGACUAUGUGAAGGACCAUAUGACGUCGAAGCUCUCGCUCUAUGCGACCUUGCAUACGAGCAUUACCGAGCACAAGAAGGUACUCUCGGAGCGGGAGGAGACCCUGAAAGGCGCGAGGGAGAGCCUUGUGAGGGAAGGUGGCGCCGUCGUCGGUGGACCACCGAAAGUCGAUGCUGGGAACGACGAGGAAAAGGAUGGGUAGGGUGGUGGGCUGUUUCUUGUGCUCGUGCGCAAAUGUCGUGUAUCAUACUGUCGUCGCCGUUUGAUGUGAUUGCUGUCUACCCG